AUGAACCAGAAUCUUGCACCACCCAGCUGUGGAGCUACAAGCCAACCCAGGAAGGUCAUUCUUGAUGCCUUGCGAACAGCAGCCCACUCAACAGACCCGCUUGAGUCGGAGGAGAUAGAGGCGUGUAUCAAGCAGAUAAAAAUCAUUUUGCUUGUCCGCAAAAAGGCAUCCUCAGUGAACAAGAAGCUUGGGCUUCAGAAUUUGUUGACCCGACUGUACUCACACCACCAACCUGAUGAACCGUUGCUACCAUUCAAGCAACUUCAGUGUACUCAAAUAGUCGCCAUUGGCCUAAGUGUGCCGCAAUUUGAGCUGAAUCGGCGUCGGUACAAGUCCGAGUUUAUCGACGAGGUUGUCAACGAACUUGUUGCGUCUGCGCCGCACUUACAGCGAAAGCUGGGCAGCCAAAUAUUUGCCGACGACAUUUACGCCAUCAUUGCUGGCCUCCAAUCCAAACUGAGAUCCCCUGAUUAUACUGCGUUCCUCGCUAUGGCGCCAACAAGUGAGGUUGACCCAGUCGCUAGCCACACCGUGCCACCAGAGCAGGCCCCGUCGAUCGCUACAUCAACAACCAGACUGAACCAGCCCGUGCCUACCAGCCUUGAGCCCUCGCCAGACGGAGGUAACGCCGACGCAGUCAAUAGCCCCGCCUCCAACAACGCUCGGCAGCCACAAUCCCAACCCAACCGGAAGCGGCGGCGGGCCGAUGAGCUGGGAGGGCACCAAAGUUUGAACACCGCCCUGAACCGGAGGCGGCGAAGCAGAGCCGGUAUCGACUAUACUCGGAAGCCGCAUCGCGGCACAUCGCCGCCUCAGCCACAGCCACCCUUGUCUAGAAACACCUUGGUGGCCAACACGAUUGCCCAAGAUCCCUACUUGGCUUUAGACCCAUCUGCGCACGCUCAGACGAUAUCAACCUUCAACGCCAGCCCCCUGACGGCUAGCUGGCAACAACAAAACCUAUCCAAUCCACAAGACGACUUUUCCCAAACUUCUACUAGACCAGACCUGCAGGUCCAAGAUCAUUCAUUCUUAGUAACGCCUCACUCCACCCCAGCCGCUGGACAUCCCAUCCUGGGGCAUGUUGCGUUGUCGGAUGUGUCACCCAUUCUGUCGGACAACAUCUCGGACAAUUUGCGCUAUCCUUCACCAGAAGACGUGAAUUUUAACAAUAUCCUUACCAAAACCAAUUUGGAGCCUGCGAAUAAUUCCGAUCCGGCAUUUACUCUGCAAAGCGAUCCUCAUUUGGGAACUGCUUUGACUGGCAAUCAACUUCGUGCUUAUUUUGAGUUCGACAAUCUGUAA